ACCAACUGCAUCUUAUAUUUACAAUGAAUUAUCAAGAUGGUAUAAUAUAGUAAAUCGUAGUGUUGCAAAAGACAAAAAUGAAUUAACAAUAUUAAACGUAUUCCAGUCUGCAGAUGAGAUUAUUCCAACAUUAUCAGCUAAAUUAUCAAAUUAUUCUAAAGAUAAACUUACAAGUAAAUUGCUUAGCUUCAAAGAUCUUUCUAAGCCAAUUAAUUCUCUACCUGCAGAAUUACUAAAAAUUCAUGGCGAACAUUAUGCUCUAAAAAAUGUGACUUUUCAAUUUCUGAUGACGAGUAGUCAAAAAUUUUCUAAUCGUUUAACACUAAUUCAACUGGGGUUACUAGAUAUUGUAAAUUAUGUUCAA